AUGCCGCCCAAAAGCUCGAACCAGAAAUCACUCUCGUUCAAGGCUCAGUCGAAGCCUAAAUCUACCUACUCGGCCUCUGCCAAGGACCAGCUCAAGACCAAAGCGAACCUCAAGACUUCAACACCUAACAAACCGCUCACAUCAUCACUCGUGCGAAAGCCUUCACCUACUUGCACAGCAACAUCCAAACAAGAUUCGGAGUAUGCAAACCGAAAAGAUCUCGAUGUGGACGAUGAACGAUGGGAUGGUGUUUGGCGCACGACGAAAAAGACGAUGAACGUUCCACCGUCUAAAGCGAUUCAUAUCGAUCACGAAAAUCGAAUUCAGCAGAUCUUGAGGGUUUUCGAUCUGGAUCCUAACUACGGACCUUGCAUGGGCUUGUCCCGAUUGGAACGCUGGCAGAGGGCCAAGGACCUACAGCUGCAUCCACCACAGGAGAUCCACGAUAUCUUGAUUACAAGGCAGGGUGGAAACGAGUACAAAGAAAAUGUGUUCAAUGCUCAUGGCCUCUGA